AAGAUCCUUGCACAACCUACAACACAACAUGAGAUACUGUUCCCAUUGCAUAAAACAGAUGUCCAGCUUCUACUAUUUACCCGCAGCCAGGAAGCUGAACCUGUCUUCAACACUGUCACGCCUGGAAAUAUUCCUGGCAUCUUCCCAGGGUGGCAAGCUAAAGGAUCUAGUUCAAUGAAAGUGGCUUAUUGAGAUCUCUUUCCAGCAUGAAUCCAACUUUUACUAACGAUCGCUGCUGACGACCUACUCAUCUAGUCUCAUCCUGCCGGCCGCAGUAUGGUGAAGUCAUGUUGUCUACUUUGUCCUUAAGUAUGCCUGCUGGGUCCCCCCAGGUUCUUGGCUUGCAUAUUACCGUUUUCUGGCAAAUCGAGGCGCAUAAUUUUCUCAAAUGCAUGCGACUUCGGUAUCAUCAGCAGUAUUCCUGGCCCUCAUAGCUAUUGUGGAUGCAAAUCAAGGAUCAUUCGCCCCUUUGACCAAACGAGAGCUCGACAAGCCAGUCAUUCAGCCACCCUUUUACGACAACAAACUCGUUCCUGCUCUCAAUGAGUCGCUCCAAACAACCGAGCAUACCAUAGACCUAUGGGCCAACAACUCGAUCCCGUCAAUAUGUAAGAGCGCAAUCGAAGAACAGGCCGUCGACGGCGUCCUCCUGACCAGCGGCCCGGUCGAAGUCUUCAGCGUAACCUACGCAGACUGCGACACGCCGUGGAUCAUGUGUCGCCAUCCAACAGCAAGCGCGUCACGACAGACCAUGGCCGAACUGUUCGGCAAGCUGCCCGUACGACAUCGCUCGUUCGUGCGCCAUCUGUCGGCAGCAGGCGGAGACUCGGGCGCAUACAGCUCUGGCGACAACGUCUUCAUGGCCGGGGACAGUAGUCUGGCAGUCACUGUGUAUGGUCACGAAGUUGGACAUAGUCUGGACGCGCAUUUCUUCGGCAACGAGACGGGCUUCACGGAGACGGAUGCGUGGCUGGAGGCGUACGAUGAGGAUGAGGUUGUAGUGCAGGAUUACGCCCAGGCAAGCCAGGCAGAGAACUUUGCCCAGAUGGUCAACGUCGCCAUCUACACCCUCAACUUCCCCGGCGGCAUCGCAAAUCUCGCCCCAAACUGGCAGCAGUUCUCCCAUAUGCUCGACCUCAUGACCAACGAGCUCAAGGACGUCUUGACGCAGGGCGGCGAGUGCCGCAAUCGGCUCGAGAACAGCCCACUCGUCUCAAAAAGCGGGUUUGGCAGUCAGACAUCAUCCGUAUUAUCGUCGGAAUCCUCAUCUACGGUGAUGACUAUCGCAAGCCCAACGUCAAGUCCAGCCCCAGGGACACGGACACGAGCAUUACACCGACGACAACGACAGCACCAAGCGAAAUAACAACAGCCACAGCACCAUCAAGCACAGAUACACCAGGCUCCGCACCAUCCUCACCACACCCAGUCACCACACG